ACAAAAUGGCAAGAAAAAACUGCCCAGCUUUUUCGGUAUAGAAGGAGGGCAGGAGAGAGAUAUAACCACAGACAAAAUCCUGCAGUAUAUUCCAGGAAAGAAUAUUCAGAACCAGGAAAACCAGAAAGAAAACUUGGACCAGAGGUUCCCCAGCCUGUUCAAGAAGGGACGAAGGAAAAUGGUCGUCAGGAAUCUGGGCAAAAUUAUCUAUUACUCUAAGGUCAAGUUUAAGUUCCAGCACUGCCAGGAGGUGAAUGACUGCUUCUUGGAGCUCUUCCAGUCUUACCUGUACUUCCAGUCUAUGGGCCCCAACGGACUCACCUACCAGGGACUGCUGCCUUUAAAAGAGCUGAACGUGUGUGAAAUCGAGAAGGGGAAGAGCGCCGGGCAGGAGGAUCACGCUUUCCGCAUUGCAGGUCCUCUGCUGAAUCCCCUUAUCGUGUUCUGCCCGACUGAGUCAGAGCUGAAGCAGUGGCUCUAUCACCUGGAGAAACAGAUCCAGCUGAACGGAGGAAGCCUUGCCUUGCCCUUUCUCUCUCAGGACGACUGGAAGCAGAGCUCCGUGGGGAAGGAGGAGCUGCGGUGGUCCGUGCAGAACAUGCCUGUCCAGGACUGGAGAGGGACCCAUCGGGAAUCCCUAGGAGAUGUCCUCUGUGUUUCCAAAGUGAAGCUUCAGCAUCUGCCUUUCCAGGAGCAGCACGACCGGCUGUUGGUGCUUUACCCGUCCACGCUGGUGAUAGUAUCUGAAGAGCGCAAUGGCCUCUAUUUUAAGGGCGAGCUGCCACUCAACGCCAUCCAAGUGCUUUUUGAAGAGAACGAGAAAACCUCCUUUUUAAUAGAAGGCCGGCUGAUCAAUUCAAUCCGAGUGAUCUGCCGCAGCUAUGAGGAUUACCAGGAGUGGCUCUACUGUCUCAAAACAGCCCAGUUUCGAAAUGCCGACUCCUCCCUCUCCGGAUCAGAGAGUUUCUCAGGAUCAAAGCCGCCACACCUUGGCCAAUUUGGCGGCAGCGGGAGAGGGUCGCUCAGGUCUGACGGCCGCACAAACUCCUGGGCGUCGGGAGGCCGAGUGGCCACCUUGACCCACCUCUCCCAGCACAGCGGCUCUCUGCCCGACGGACAGUCCUUCGUGCUGAUGCCUGAGAGCAGGGUGCUUGAAGACCCCCUCUCUCCUGGCUAUUCCCAGCCUUUCCAUUGCCUGGCUCAGGCCAACUGGCCGAGUGCGGGGCUGCCAGCCCAGGACCUGCGGAGGGGAAGCAGUGCCAGGAAGCCCAAGGGCAAAUGUGGACCCUGCAGCCAGCAGCUGCCCAGCCAAGACAUGGAGAGAACCCUCUGCAGCCUCAUUCCCGAAAACCCCAACGGCGAGCUCCUGUCCUCGGUGUACAACGAGCCGUACUCCGCGCGUGGCUGGCAGCAUCACCCGGAGCUGAGCAGUGUAUCAAAUCUAGAGUUUGUUUCGGUUAAGUUCCUGCAGUGUCACGGACAGACGGACUCAGCGCAGGCCAACGGGCACCCAACCAUCCCGGUACCCCAGCACCUCUCUCUGCAGAAGAGGAGCUGCCAGCCCCUGCCCAGCAGUCACUACAGAGAGGUGCCCGCGGGUUACAGCGCGCCCGGCACCUCGUGCUGUCCCCAGCUGCGACCUCCUCCCGACGCUUCUUAUCUUGAAGAGGUCUGUUCUCUGCGAGAGGAACAUCUGGGCCCUUCCUUGCAGCCGUCAGAUGGGGAUGUGGACGCCUACGACCUGCCAGAGGCCGGCUGCCUGCACCUCGACUCGGCAGCCUACCACGACUACGCCGAGCUCCAGAGCUUCCAGAGCGACUUCAGCUAUGACAACCUGUGGGAGGCUGAGGUGAAGGACCCAGGCACCCCACACACCUCCCCAGCACCCAGCCAGCAGUUUUACCAGGGCUGA